CGGGUCGGGCGCACCCUGGUCCAUACUCUGCCAAAGCUUCUACUGUGAGGUUAUUCAGCGGGUCAAACAACAAUCUAGAUCCAGCAGCACUGAUGAAACCGCAAGACCAACGAUCGGUAGCAGAGCAACGAAGUCGAGCACGUAAGAUAACUGGAUAAAAGCAUGGCUACAGCCGUGAGCUCUACUACCCGAAAGCAUAAACUCAAUCCAAGGUCACAGCCAAAUCUAGACUCACCCGCGAACAAACAAAACUCAACGCGCAUGGCACAAUCUAGAACAUCAAGAAGAAGUCAAUCUCCGACCCACAAUCUCAUCCCAUCCCUUGGAACCGUGACAUCAUCCACCCCAAACCCAAUAUAAGCUUAACUUUGGCCUCAUUCCAGACCUCUCCUAGACCAUCCAUCCGCGGUCUACCUUCCCCUUCAACAUCCGCCACCCAACCACCCCCAAUUUUUCCACCACCAUCCUGGCAGCAAUCCGCAUUCAUGUCCAAACGCAUCAGCACCUUCUUCCAACCUCUUCCGUCGAAGAAGAAACUCAAACCGGAUGCGACUACGACAGCAGAAUCAUCAUCAUCAUCAUCAAUAACAACAACAACAGUCCCACCAAAACCAUCCACAUACACCCAUCACCCAAGCUAUCCCAUCCCGAUCCGCGACCCGCCCAGCACCAUCACCACGUCUCUCCUCUCUAAUCCAGCACCUCGACCCCCCAAAUCCAUAACCAACCACCCGCACCUGGAUCUCCUCUACUUCCAACCCUUUCUCCCCGCCCCACUAGCCCGAGACUUAUUCGAGUUCCUGCGGAAUGAACUCCCCUUUUACCGCGUCCAAUAUAAUAUCCGGCGCGGCGGAACAGAGACAUCCAUAAACACGCCAAGAUACACGACUGUCUUCGGGGUAGAUGAUACAUCGACAUUCACUACUGCAAAAAACUCGGAAUCUGUUUCUACUAAUUCCAGUAAUCCUGACACAAAAGUCCAAGAAGACACCACAACAAGCCACAAUCUACUAGACUCCCCUCAGCAACUACCACCCGCCAACUCACCAAUAUUGGUCGACAGUAAAACACGCACCGAAACCAAAUCCAGAUAUCGAUGCAGGCCUCGACCCAUCCCGCCGUGUCUGGACAUUCUGCGCCAAGCAGUGGAGAAGGCCACGGACGAUGGGACAAGAUAUAAUUUCGUCCUGGUGAAUUACUACGCCACAGGGGACGAUAGUAUCUCGUACCAUUCGGAUGAUGAGCGGUUUCUGGGCCAGAAUCCCACCAUUGCGUCCUUAUCGCUUGGCGUGGGGAGAGAUUUCCUGUUGAAGCAUAAACCAGGUGGUGGUAGUACUACUACUGAUGCUGAUCGUGCGAUUGCAAAUGCAGCUGCGAAACCGCUCAAGUUUCCCCUCAAGUCCGGCGAUAUGCUGAUUAUGAGGGGCGAGACUCAGGCAAAUUGGCUGCACAGUGUGCCUAAGCGUAAGGGGUUGCAGGGAAGUGCUGGUGCUUUGGGCCGGAUUAAUAUCACGUUUCGGAGAGCGGUGGUGCCUGGCGGCACGGAGAAUUAUUAUCGAUAUAAUGUGGGUGAUGGAGUGGUGUAUCGCUGGAAGGAUGAGGAGGGGAAAAUGGUGGCUACUACUGAAUAGUUUGUAACUGUGUUGUAGCUUUAUACUUAUUUGUAGAUACAACUGGAUUGGAGGAAUAGGGAAAGGGAGGCACUCAGUGCGAAGCAAACGGGUUGGUGUAAGCUCGGAAGCGAUCAAGUGGCUGCGCACUGUUGAGGAUCUUGUGCAACAAUGCCCCGUAGUCCCAUCCGAUAGCUGCGGCCGCAAGAGCAGUUAGACUGGCCUGGUCCUCGCGUCCAG